GCAGCAGAAUCCAGCUCCAAACAGUAAACAUUACCAACUGCCGCCAAGAACUCAGGAUUUCUUUCGAUUUUGCUUCGUUUUGUAAAAAAAUAGUGUUGCAAAAAUCGUUUAAAAAGUUUCAAAAUUGUUCAAUAGUUGGCAAACGACUAGGGGCAGUUUAAAUAUCUAUAAAUUUCAUAGUUUUCAAUCGCAUUUCACCGUACAGCCCAUCCGUCGGAUUUUGAGGUUAGAAACACAAAGACGUCGAAAUGGAUUUCAGCGCUCUUCUCCAGCAAGCGCAAAAGCUAUCCCACGAUACUCAGGUCUCCGAUGACUUGCCGCGGGUCGAGCGCACGCUGACGCAGGUGCUUCAAGCGACCCAGGAGCUGCACUCGCGCGUCUCCCAGACCGGCGCGUAGGACAUGUAAGCGCACAUUCUGCUCGGCCACAAGGGCCGAAGAUCUCACAGAAGCUGGAGACGCUGAGCUCGCGCUAGACGUUUGAAUCGUUGGAUCCGAUUUCGACGACGGACAUUCAGAGCUUCCUGCGCAACGAGAAGGAGAAUGCGAUUCUGUCCGUUAUCAAGGAGGUGCACAAGAACUCGUUGCAUGCGGCGCAGAACGCCAAGUGGGAGCACACGAUGAAGGACUGGAAGCUGGAAAAGGUGAAGCUGAUGAACGCGUUGGUUGGGCCGUCGCAGAACUGGAUGGACAUCCGGAAGGGGCCGGAGCAGACAACCUUGAACGAGAGCACGUUUGGCGGAAGGUCGUCGUUGAACAACCAAAAAAUGGUGUACGCUCGGGAGGUGUACGAAUUAGGGACCUACAUAGGGAAAUGA